UCCGAGAUUUGCCCCCCUUUUUCCUCCAUCUCCUUUCGCUUUUGCGACGCUCUUCUUCAAUGAUUCGACCACCGAACAGCAGCAGCUCGAUCCAUUGAAGCAGCCGCCACGUUUCUCCUUCGGCCUUAGCCAAUUUCUGCACCUCCCUCCCUCCCUCCCUCCCUCCCUCGCCUAACCCUUCUUCCCGGCGGUCUUCCAAUGGCGCCGUCUACCAAAGUACUACCGUUGGUCAUCACGGACAAGGCCGAGAUGAGGGAGUGGUCGAGGUCCGCGAGACGCCAGGGCAAGACCAUCGGCCUCGUGCCCACCAUGGGUUUCCUCCACGAGGGCCACCUGUCCCUCGUCCUGGAAGCCCGCCGCCGCGCCGACGUCGUCGUGGUUUCCGUCUACGUGAACCCCGGCCAGUUCGCUCCCUCCGAGGAUCUUUCGACGUACCCAUCUGAUUUCGAGGGCGACCUGAGCAAGCUCAGGGCUGUUCCCGGCGGUGUGGACGUGGUCUUCCAUCCCCACGAUCUUUACGAUUACGGUCAACGCGAGGUUGGCGGCGGGGUCGGUGGUGGUGGUGGUGAUAGUGGUGGUAAUGGGUCCGUGUCUUGUUUGGAGGAGAAGAGUUUGGGGCACGAGACGUGGGUGAGGGUGGAUAGGUUGGAGAAGGGCAUGUGUGGGAAGAGCAGGCCUGUGUUCUUUAGAGGGGUGGCCACUGUGGUCACCAAGCUGUUCAACAUUGUGGAGCCUGAUGUGGGUGUGUUCGGCAAGAAGGAUUACCAGCAGUGGCGGAUCAUUCGGCGGUUGGUUCGAGAUCUUGACUUUUCCAUACAAGUGAUUGGUUCUGAGGUCGUGCGAGAUCAUGAUGGCCUUGCACUGAGCUCACGCAAUGUGCAUCUCUCACCUGAAGAAAGGGAAAAGGCAUUGUCCAUAAGCAGGUCAUUGUCAAGGGCUAAAUCUGCCACGGAAAAGGGUCAAGUUGACUGCCAAAAUUUAAAGGACUCCGUCAUCCAAGCAAUACAGGAAGCUGGUGGGAAGAUUGAUUAUGCUGAGGUCAAGAUAUAGUUGGUAGAAUAGCCAUGGUUUCAAAGGUGAUAGAACAUAGCACAUGGAGACAAAUGCCCUGCUUCUUUAAUUCAUUGACGAAGUUUCUAAAUAUAAGAUGUUUCUGUGAUUCGGUUGAUGAGGACAUGGUGUAGCACUAGUGGCAAAUGACGAGUUUGAGAGUAAUUGGUUGCAUUCAACAAGCAAGGAGCUGGAGUUGCGUCUUUGCUUUCAACUCUAUGGUACCAGUUGAGUUUGGGACCUGAUAUCUGCACAACCAAAGUAUUUGACUAUUUCCAAUCCAUUGAGGAAAAAAGAAUGCACAAAGGCUCAUUACUCUACAAGUUUAGUGCAAUUCGUUCUAAAGAAAGGCUUCUGUUAUUUUUCUAAAUGAAUGUUGCUUCCUAAUAACUAUUAAAACAUUGAAAACUCGAUAUUGUAAGAACAGAUGGUCAACCCUCAUUAGAUUUCCCUCUCUGGUGGUGGGUAUCGUAACAUGAAUCCUACUGUCAGUACUCCAACGUAUCUAUUAAUUUCAUGGUUACGUAUCUGCAGAUUGUAGAUCAAGAGAGUUUAGAG